AUGUCUCCUUUAAAAGUCCUCCUGGCUCAAACCUUGGCUCUCCACUCGCUCUCCACUCCUUCAAACACCAUUUCAAUACAGUUUUUGUGUAUUCCCUCCGAGGCCACGCUCGCGUACGAUGCGUCGCUAACGUACGAUGCGUCGCUAACGUACGAUGCGUCGCUAACGUACGAUGCGUCGCUAACGUACAAUGCGUCGCUAACGUACGAUGCGUCGCUAACGUACGAUGCGUCGCUAACGUACGAUGCGUCGCUAACGUACGAUGCGUCGCUAACGUACGAUGCGUCAUUGGUCGGCCUUUGA